AGCCUAUCUGAGAUUUGUUCUACGUGUGUUUUUGUAACAAGUAUGAAUAUCAUUAAUUUUCAAGUGGGUGUUAAACCACCUUAACCGCGCAACACCCGCUGAAUGAGUGCACAUGUGAAUUAGAGAUUGCUCUUAGAAAACUGAAGACAAGCUAGUAGGGAUAGAUGAUCUACACCACUCUGAGUAAUGUAUUGCCUUGGAUGUGGCAGUGACAUAGCUGAUAAACUGAAGGACAGCCGGAAUGUGAACACCUCAAGCUCUGAAAACGUUGCAGCAGUAUGGAAAGCAUUCUUAGAAAAUGAAGACCAGCAGGCUGUUGCAGAUGUCGACAGCAUCCUCAAUGGUGGAGACAGCCAAAGAGUGCCCAAGAUGUGCAAGAAUUGCUUCUAUUCUUACAAUAGGUACACCAAACUUCAUGACAAACUCCAAGAAAACAUUAGAAAGGCCGCUGAUGUUUUGGAACUACAACUCCCACUGCCAAAGAAACGUAAGCUUGAUAGUUCACUGUCUUGGCAAACAACUAGGGCUCAGCCAUCAGGAUCUAGCACCCAGUCCCCUGAAGUUGCGAUUAAAGUGUGUUACAAAACUCCAAAAACAUUCCUGCUCACUCCUAGCCGAAAACACAUAGGAAAAGCUAUUGCUCGUAAAAGCAGAAAAAAAGUUGCUAUGGAGGCCUUAAAAGACCCAACCACCAGAAAAUACUUAUUGAAGAUGGUCGGGAUAGAAUUGGCCAAAGAAGUGAAAUGUAUGUCAUCAGAGAGUGCUAACUCUAUCUUGCAGAGCCAGAAUCCUGAUGACCUUAGACAAUUCAGUUGGGAAAUGCUACUGAACGAGCUCUCUAUGUUUGCCCCUGUGUUGAGACAACUCCUGGAUUUAGCCACUAACACCAGAGUCCGCCGUUCCAACACUGAUGCUGUCAUUGGGAUGUGUGCAGCCAUCCUUAUCAACCAUCGCAAUCCAAAGAUGAAUUUGGUCCAACGAAGCAAUGCCCUGGUUCUGUAUGCUGGUCACAGCUCAAAGCAGGUCUAUCAGCGACUACAGAGGUUAAAUGUGACUGUAUCACACUCUUCUGUGAUUCGAAUGCUAGACAAAGUUGGCGAAGGGUUUGAUGCUCAGGUUAAGGAAUGGAGAGAUCGCCUUGUAUCCACACUGGACAGUGGCAAUGAAAUUCAAAUUCAGAGAGCCCCCUGGAUCACUUGUGAGAAUGACGAUAUUGAUCGGCCCACAGCAUCCACCAGUGAUGAUUCGGACACGGACUCAGAUUCUGACUCAUCGUGGAAGAAUUACUCACCCAUCACCUCUGGGUCAGAAGACGAAGGUGAUGAUGAUCUCAGGAGCAACUCCUCUUCAAGUGAUGUGAGUAAUUUUGACAGCAGUGAUGAAGAAGAUACUCCAAGUAACCUUCCUACUUCUGGACCUCUUCACCAGGGCUCAACUUCUAACGCACCACAAACUGGAAAUAUGGCAGGCGUCACAUCCAAUAAACACACUAAGCAGCAAGAUCAUCCAACAAUGUACCAUUUGGUUGGUGAUAAUGUGGACAAAGGAAUAAAACAGCGGUAUAUGAGAGUUGGUACCAGUAAGCCGGAUGAUAUUCACUACUUCCACUCCUAUGCUGUCGGUGACCGAAUUGACUUCAUGAAUCUCAGUGACCAAGUUAUUCCGACUCUACAGCAAAAUUCUGAACAAGUUGCUGUUUCCUUAUUACCAACAUCUGACGAUGAUCUCGCUCUUCGUAACAACAUGUGUAUUCUCAUGUCCAGAAUCCUCUACGAAAACAUGGGAUUCUUCAAUCUAGCUUUUGAUGGUGUCGUAGAUUGGCACAGAGAGAGAGACCUUUACUCAAAUACGUUGCUACCUGCAUGCAUGUAUAAUGUGCAGAUCAUCUUGAAACCUUCAUCAUGCACACAUCUAUUUAAGUACUACAAUUAA